CCACUCUUGUAGCUGGAGAUGAUCUCCCAAGCCUCGCAGCUCUCUGCUAGUCCAAACAAGACCGAGGAUGACGAUUGGUUCUUCAUGCUGGGAUCUGACCAACCCCAGACUUUCUUUUCACCAGCCAGAGGGGGGGAGACUUUCUCUGUGGAGACUUCUACUCAGAGCUGGGAUGAUGGCAAGUCUGUCCAGACUGUCAGACAGGCAUGGCAGGAGACUGAGACAGGCCAGACGGUCAGACAGGCAUGGCAGGAGACUGAGACAGGCCAAACGGUCAGUCGGACAUGGCAGGGACGAGUGUCUGAUGAACAGCAGCAGGGGAGACUGGAGAAGGAGAAAGAGGAGGAUUGGUCUGUCCUGCUGGGCAGACGACCCUCCUUCCCUAUGUCCCCUACCCCAUGAUGAAACCGCCAGUCAAAUACCGCACUGCCCAGGUGGCAAAGGUGGCCACGGCCAACAUUCUGGAGAGGCUGCUACAGCCAAGGCAGGAACAAAGUGAUGACUGGGUCAUGCAGUUGGACCACAGCUUUGAGUUUGCAGACACACCUCCAUUCUCUCCCCCAGUCUCCCUGGAGAAGGAGGAGACUAGGCAGGAGAGGAGGGAGGUGAUCAAGAGGCUCCAGGAAGGGGUGUUCCUGGUGGAGAAGCUGAGGGAGGUAGAGGUGCUGGAUGAGAGACUGAGGGAGGUGAAGGUUUUGGAAGAACGGCUGCAGGAGGUGGAUGAGCUGGAGGAGAGGAUACAGGAGGAGGUGGAGGCCAGGCAGCAGCAGGAGGAGGAGGGAGGGGUAGAAGUAGAGGAGGAGGUGGUAGAGGCAGCGGAAGAGAAUGUGGAGGAAGUAGAUGAGUUGGAGGAGCAGAUAAAGGAGGUGUUUCUCAAAGGAUUGCUGCCAGAUGAGUCAGGGGAAGAUGAGGGACUAAAAGAGGAGAGUAUGGAAGAGGCAGAGGAAUCUGAAGAAGGGUGGUCAAAUGUGGUGAGCACCUCUAUGGUACGGAGAGUAGAUUUGAGGACCCAGAAUAGUGUAACUAUAGUGACAGAGAUGAGGCAACAGGAAGGAGGGAUGGAGGAGGUGACGGUAGAACAGGUGGAACAGGUGGCGGUUUCAGACAAGGGAUUGAAAGAGGAUGAAGGAUGGUUAGAGGAGAGGAAGCAUCAGGCUUUGGUGGAAGGGUUGACAGAGGGGCUUGAGGAAAGGAGAGGAGAGAUAAGAGUGGAAAGGAGGAGGAAGAAGGUGACUAUAGUGACACAGGAUGAGAGUCUUCCAGAUGAACUAGAGAAGAAAGCAUCUGAGAAGUUGUCAGAGGACCAGAUAGGAGGCCAUUUUUAUAAAGAGGGACAACUUAUGGUGAAAUUCAAUGAACUAUUUGCGGCAGAGAAGUUAGGGUUACCGAUAGUUACAAUUCAGCAGGAGUGGCUCCAAGAACAGGAAAAGGUCAGGGAGGAGAAACAGGAGAGAGUGGAACAGGUGAAGGUUUCAGGCGAGGGAUUGAUAGAGGUAAAAGGGGUCUAGAGGAUAGGAUGCGGCAGAUGUCGGAGGAAAGGAUGCCAAAGGGAGAGCAGACUGUGGUGAAAACCAAGAAAACAGUGAGAAUAAUGGAAGAAAUGAGGAGAACACAGAAGACACUCGAGGAAAAGUCAUCAGAUGACAUUUUAUCAGAGGAAAGGCUGGGUGAUGGUUUUUAUACAGAGGGGGAAGUUUUGGUGAAAUUCAGAAAGGAUGUGGAGAGGGUUCCACAUAGAGUCAGACAAAUGGAGAAGCCCCAAGAAGAAGAAGAAGAAGAAGAAGAGGUAGUGGAAGUGAAUAUGCAGCCAUCCCAGCCAGAAGACAAGGACGAUUGGGUUGUGCUGCUGGACAGCCUCCCACACAAGAUUCUUUAUAAGCCUCCAGUCAUGCCAGCCGACUCCGCUCUGGUGCCUGUGGUCUCCACAAGAUUCUCUGUGGUGUUAGUAGACACGGUCGAGCAGAGAGCACCAGAGAGGGAAUGCAUUGAAGUGGAGGCCACACA